UUCCCCAUAACUCCAAUUUAAUUUCAACCAGCAUCUUAAUUUGCUUGAACUAUAAACAAUUGGUACUUUUGCAUAUAGUUCAUAGCAUUACAUUCUAGAUUCUACUAAAGCUUGGAAGCCUUUUUUAAGUUGAAGGAGAAUAUAGAACAAAAAAGUAGCCCUAGGUCUAGACCCCUCAAACAAUUGCCCAUAAUGGCUGUCAAUUGCUCUAAAAUGCUCCUCUUUAGUCCUUCCAUCUACACGUGAUGAAACAAGACAAAAGAAUCUAAAUUCAUAGCCUCUAAAUAUUUGAAAAGAGUACUAUAUAUAUAUAUAUAGACAUAUUUUUUCAUAAGAACUCUCACUUGCUCAUAAUAAUACACCAUGGCGGCUGAGAUUGCAAAGGAGUCGAUCGAGGCCAAUCAAACCACUGUUGAAGAUGGUGGAGAAUCGAGCAACAACCCACGAUGGAAGAAGCUUCAACCAUGGACGAAGCAAUUAACAUUCAGAGGAGUAACAGUGAGCAUUAUUAUUGGAAGCAUCUAUAGUGUCAUUGCCAUGAAACUAAACCUCACCACUGGACUUGUCCCAAAUCUCAAUGUCUCUGCCGCUCUUCUUGCGUUCGUCUUUGUCAGAACGUGGACUAAAACCCUCCAGAAAGCUGGCUUUGUAACUAAACCCUUCACUCGUCAAGAGAACACCAUGAUCCAAACAUGUGCUGUCGCCUGUUACAGUAUCGCGGUUGGAGGUGGUUUUGCUUCAUAUUUGUUGGGGAUGAAUAGAAAAACAUAUGAAUUAUCAGGAGUAAAUACAGAAGGAAAUUCUUCGUACAGUGUGAAAGAGCCAGGAUUGGGAUGGAUGAUUGGAUUUCUUUUUGUAGUUUGUUUUGUGGGUCUUUUUAUUUUGAUUCCUCUAAGAAAGGUUAUGAUAGUGGACCUGCAACUGACAUAUCCUAGUGGCAUGGCGACGGCAGUUCUCAUCAAUGGCUUUCACACUCAGGGUGAUGAGAUGGCAAAGAAGCAAGUAAAAGGGUUUAUGAAGUACUUUUCAUUUAGCUUCUUAUGGGGUUUCUUCAAGUGGUUCUUUAAAGGCAAAGAAAAGUGUGGUUUCUCUGAGUUCCCCACUUUUGGACUCAAAGCUUGGAAGCAAACAUUCUUCUUCGAUUUUGAUUCAACUUUUGUGGGAGCAGGGAUGAUUUGUUCCCACUUAGUGAACUUGUCUUUACUUCUAGGAGCCAUCCUAUCUUAUGGCCUAAUGUGGCCUCUUCUUGAUCGACUCAAAGGUCGUUGGUAUCCUGAUAGCUUGGAAGAAAGUAAUAUGAAGAGUUUAUAUGGAUACAAGGUCUUCUUAUCUGUUGCUCUCAUUCUAGGAGAUGGACUUUACAACUUCAUCAAAAUUCUUGGUUCAACAAUCUUAAAUGUACGCAAUAGAGUGAAGAAAGCAAAAGCAGGUUUAGAUGACAACGAGAAACCAGCUACAGACGAAAAGAAAGACGAAAUGUUCUUAAGAGAAAACAUCCCAUUAUGGGUGGGACUCAUCGGCUACACAACCUUGGCCACAAUUUCCACCAUUGUUAUCCCACAAAUGUUCCCUCAGCUCAAAUGGUACUUCGUCAUCACUGCUUAUAUACUCGCCCCCACCCUCGCCUUUUGCAACGCUUACGGUGCCGGCCUCACCGAUAUCAACAUGGCUUACAACUAUGGUAAGGUUGCCCUCUUUCUCCUCGCCGCCGUUAGUCCAAAACACGACGCCCUCAUUGCAGGCCUUGCUGGCUGCGGUCUCAUAAAGUCUGUUGUCUCCGUUGCAUGCAUUCUCAUGCAAGAUUUCAAAACAGCCCAUUUGACCUCCACCUCCCCUAGAGCCAUGUUUGUUAGCCAAAUGAUUGGCACGACAGUCGGGUGCGUCACGGCGCCGCUAAGCUUCUUCCUGUUUUACAAGGCAUUUGACAUAGGAAAUCCAGAGGGGGAGUUCAAGGCGCCAUAUGCUUUGAUAUAUCGGAACAUGGCGAUUCUAGGAGUCGAGGGGGUCUCGGCUUUGCCAGAGCAUUGCUUGCAGAUUUGUUAUGGGUUUUUCGGGUUUGCGAUCGGGGUGAAUUUAGUGAAGGAUUUUGGAGGCGGGAGGAUUGGGAAAUGGAUGCCGUUGCCGAUGGUGAUGGCGGUGCCGUUUCUUGUUGGUGGGUAUUUUGCCAUUGAUAUGUGUUUGGGGAGUUUGAUUGUGUUUAUUUGGGAUAUUAAUAAGGAGAAGGCGGAGAUGAUGUUGCCGGCGGUGGCUUCUGGCUUGAUUUGUGGGGAAGGCCUUUGGACUUUACCAGCCUCUGUUCUUGCUCUUGCAAAGAUCAAUCCUCCUAUUUGUAUGAAGUUUUUGUGCCUUUCGUAG